AAAGGUCAAAACGAUCCUGUCUUCGGAUUCCAUUCCCUAUUUAAGAAAACCGAGAGCUAACCCCUCAAACAGACCCCAAGCCAAAUUUGAUUCAUCUCUGAUCUCUCUCUUUAAGCCAAAUUAAAAAAGAAAGUAAUGUCCUCCCACCAACACCAACAAGACCCAAACCAUGUCCAAAAGCAACCAAACGGACCUAAAAUCAAAGACGUCUCAGGAUCAGUGGUGGUGAUCAUGGUGCCUCUUCCGGCGCAAGGCCACCUCAACCCGCUCCUCGAGCUUGCCCACCUCAUCGCCUCCUACGGUGUCCCCGUCCACUACGUCGGCUCUGCCUCCCACAACCACCAGGCCAAGCUCCGCUUCCAUGUCCCGCCCUCGUCCACGCCCGGCAACAUCCGCUUCCACGACUUCCCAACCCCACCCUUCCUCUCCCCCGCCCCCAGCCCUAAUUCCCCCCACAAGUUUCCCUCCCACCUCCAGCCUGUGUUAGAAACCACUUCGUCGCUCCGCAGCCCUGUUGCCGACCUCGUCCGCUCCCUGUCCUCGGGGUCGAGGCGGGUCGUAGUGGUCAACGACUCGCUGAUGGCGUCCGUUGUCCAGGACGCUGCCUCGGUCCCCAACGCCGAGAUUUACAUCUUCUACGCGGUUUCCGCGUUCGCGCUCUGCUGGUACGUGUGGGAGAGCAGAGGGAUGGCGCCCCCGCCAGAGGUGGAGGUCGAUGUCGCGGAGCUCAUCUCCUCCAAGGGCUUCCCGUCCCUCCUGGACUCCUUCACCGACGAGUUCUUGAAGUUCGUCGCGUCGGAGGACGAGUUCGAGAAGUUCAGCUCGGGGAGCAUCUACAACACGUGCAGGGUCGUCGAAGGCCGUUACGUAGACUUAUUUGCCAGUGCAGCAACGAACGGCACCAUGACCAAGCACUGGGCAAUCGGGCCGUUCAACCCGGUCAAAGUACCCGAAAAGAGGUCAAGAAGAUCGGCUCACCUGUGCUUGGAGUGGCUCGACAAGCAAGCGCCGAGCUCGGUGAUAUACGUGUCCUUCGGCACCACGACGGUGCUGAGCGACGAGCAGAUCCGCGAGAUCGCGAUGGGGUUGGAACGCAGUGGACAGAAGUUCAUCUGGGUAUUGAGGGAAGCUGAUAAGGCGGACAUUUUCAGCGGAGGAGGAGAGGCGAGGAAAAUCGAACUGCCCCAAGGCUUCGAAGAGAUGGUGGAGACUCGAGAUUUAGGCGUGGUGAUGAGGGACUGGGCACCGCAGCUAGAGAUCUUGGGGCACCCUGCGACAGGCGGGUUCUUGAGCCACUGCGGGUGGAACUCUUGCAUGGAGAGCAUCAGCAUGGGAGUGCCGAUCCUCGCAUGGCCUAUGCAUUCGGAUCAGCCCUGGAAUGCUGUCUUGAUCACACGAGUCCUCAAGAUUGGACUUACUGUCAAGGAUUGGAUGAGCCAAGAGGACGUUGUGAAGUCAUCUACUAUCGAAGGCACCGUGAAGGCGCUCAUGGCGUCGGAGGCAGGGGAGGAGAUGAGGAAGAGGGCGGCUGAGUUAGGGGCGGCUGUCCGGGGGUCAACGGAUGAGGGUGGAGUUUCUCGGGCCGAAUUGGACUCUUUCAUAGCUCACAUCUCUAGAUAGUAAUUUAUCCCUUAUCCUUGUUUUUUCUACACAUUAACAGUGAAUCAUAAUUAGCGGGGGGAGAGAAAGAAAACAUUUUGUAUGAACUCUUUGUUCGAGUGAUUUGAUGAACAAUAAUCAAUCGUAAUAUGGAAAUUAUAUAAGAGCUUGUGUUUUUAGUGAGGUUUAAUAUGGGUUCAACUUAUACUCUCAAUA